UCCCAUUCUCUCCGUCUCUCUUCGGCGGCAUUGGAGUAACUCCAAAACCCGAGACUCUGUCAGAUUUAUCAUCAAAGGUACAUUGCAUUCUCUCUUAAAUAUUUCAAAUUGCUGAAUCAAUCUGAUAUAUUACACAAAUGAAUUUGCGUUUUGUGAGAAAUUAUUACAACAUAUCACAACUUGAGAGUUUUGUGAGGGAUGAGUGUAAAUCUGGAAGGAUACAGAAGCUUGAUGAUGGUUUAAAUUACUUUAAUCAAUUGAUUGCAGAAAAACCAUUACCAUCUAAUUACACAUUCAAUCAUGUAUUUGGCUCGUUAUCGAAAAUCCAAUGUUAUUCAGAUGUGAUUCUGUUGUAUAAGAAGAUGAAUAUGGUUGGAGUAAGACCUAGUAUUUAUACAUUUAGCAUUUUGAUUAAUUGCUGUUGUCAAUUAGGAAGAAUUGAUCAUGGGUUUUGUUUGUUUGGGGAGAUGUUGAAGAGGGGUCAUCAUCCUGAUAGGGUUACUUUCACUACAUUGAUUAAAGGGUUGUGUCUGCAAGAGAAGAUUGAUUUUGCAUUCAAAGUGUUUGGUAAAAUGACUGAGUCAGGGAUUCAACCUGAUGCUAUUGCUUGUAAUACUCUUAUAUCCGGGCUUUGUAGAAUCGGUAAAGUGGAACUAGCUCUUCAGUUAAGAAACAAGAUGGGGAAUUGGAACUGCAGCCCUACUGUUGUUUCAUAUUCUGCGAUUAUAGAUACGCUUUGCAAGGAAGAAUUAGUUGAUGAUGCUUUGGCUCUCUUUUCUGAAAUGCUGAAAGAUUCAAAUGUUGUACCUCAUGUAGUUGUUUACACUUCUUUGAUCGAUGGACUUUGCAGUUCAGGCCGGUUGGAUGAGGCAAGGAGAAUCUUUGACGAGAUGGUUAGUAGAGGAAUCUUAGGAAAUGUAACGACAUAUAGUUGUAUGAUUCAUGGGCAUUGCACACAUGGUGAAUGGGAAGAAGCAAAAAGGUAUUUUAAUGAAAUGCUGGAUGAAGGGAUUUUACCCAAUACAAUAACCUUUACUAUAUGGAUAGAUGCAUAUUGUAAAGAUGGGAAGACUGAAGAUGCUGUGGGGUUAUUUAAAUACAUGGAUAAGAUAAAUAUAGAACCUGAUCUGAUUACUUAUAAUUCAAUGAUCAACGGUCUAUGUUUGGCAGGUCGGUUGCAAGAUGCGGAGGAACUAUUUGAAUCAAUGGUGGAUAGGGGCCUUGAACCGAAUGUUGUCAGUUGCACUACGUUAAUUGAUGGGUAUUGCAGGAAUCGUAAGCUGGAUGAAGCUAUGCAACUUUUCGAGAGAAUGAAACAAAACGGAGUGAAACCCACAUCAGUUACUUACAGUAUAAUCUUAGCAGGGUUAUAUAGAGAUGGAAGAAUAAAGACCGCAGAAAAUAUCUUAUGUGAGAUGCAGUCUCUUGGUCAUCACCCAAAUAAAAUUACACCCUGUACAGUUACGGAUGGACUCUGUAAGGAUGGAGAAAUUGAGGAAGCAGUAGAAUUGUUUGGAUCCAUGGAUGGUACAGAUAUGUCAGGUCAAGUGGUUCUGAAAGUAGAAACUAGCAGCCAGCACUGCCUUUCUAAAGGCUGUUCACGCCUUAAAUCAGCAUCUUUGAAGGAUGGAGAUUCGGAUCUCACUUAUUCCAUGAAUGGCAAAAGUUUGGUUGAACCAAAACCUGGAUCCUCUAUUGAUUCUAUUGCUCUCCGACGAUCUCUAUUAACUUUUGUUCUGGAAACUUGGCUUGAAAUGAAUUUGUGUAAAUAUUUUCAUUCGUUUCGUAACAUUGCGAGAUAUCAUUAUGCUUCCGGUGGUUAUAAUGGUAAUAGAGUAACACAACUUGAAAGUUUCGUUAGGGAUGAGUGUAAAUCUGGAAGGAUCAAGAAACUUGACGAUGGCUUGAAAUACUUUGAUCAGUUGAUCUUGGAAAGGCCAUUGCCAUCAAACAUUACAUUCUGUCAUCUGUGGAGUUCGCUUUCGAAGAUUAAAUGCUAUUUGGAUGUCAUUAAGUUGUAUAAAAAGAUGAGUUUGGUUGGGGUACAACCUGAUAUUUUUACAUUCACUAUUUUGAUAAAUUGCUGCUGUAAAUUAGGAAAAGUUGAUCAUGGGUUCUGUUUGCUUGGAGAGAUUAUUAAGAGAGGUUAUGAGCCUAAUGUUAUCACUCUAACUACACUGAUUAAGGGGUUGUGUCUUCAAAAUAAGAUUGAUAUUGCAAUCCAAGUGUUCGACAGAAUGACUAAGAUGGGUAUUCAACCUAAUGCUAUUACAUGUAAUACUCUUAUACAUGGGCUGUGUAUAACUGGUCAACUGGGUCGAGCUCUUCAGUUAAAAAACAACAUGUCAAAAUGGAAUAUUAAUUGCAGACCAGAUGUUGUUUCAUAUAAUGCCAUUAUAGAUACUCUUUGUAAAGGAGGUUUACUUGAUCAAGCUAUGGUUCUCUUCACUGAAAUGCUUCACGAUUCGAAUGUUGUACCCGGUGUAGUUGCUUACAAUAUUUUGAUUAAUGGGUUUGGCAAUUCAGGGCGGUUAAAGGAGGCAAAGAGGCUCUUUGACGAGAUGGUUAGUAGAGGAAUUUCUGCAGAUUUAACUACUUAUAAUUCUAUGAUUCAUGGUCAUUGUGUACACGGUCAACAGGAGGAAGCAAGAAGAUAUUUUGAUGAAAUGGUGGAUCGAGGGAUUUCACCCGAUACAGUAACUUUUAGUAUAUUAAUAGAUUCACAUUGUAAAGAUGGGAUGACGGAAGAUGCUUGGGGGUUAUUCAAAUUGAUGGAAAAGAUAAACAUAAAACCGGAUCUGAUUACUUAUAAUUCAAUGAUGGAUGGUCUGUGUUUAGUAGGUCGGUUGCCAGAUGCGGUGAAACUGUUUGACUCGAUGGUGGAUAAGGGUCUUGAACCGGAUGAUUUUAGUUGGAGUAUAUUAAUCGACGGGUACUGCAAGAAUCGUAAGUUGGAUGGAGCUAUGCAGCUAUUUAAGAAAAUGAAACAAAAUGGAUUGAAACCCACAACAGUUACCUACACUAUACUAUUAAGAGGACUAUACCAGGAUGGAAGAAUUAAGACUGCUCAGAAGUUUUUCAAUGAGAUGCAAUCUUUUGGUCUAUCUCCAAAUGAAGUUACUUACGGUACAUUUUUGGAUGGUCUCUGCAAGAAUGGAAAAAUUGUGGAGGCAAUAGAAUUGUUUGAAUCAAUGGAGGGUACUGGUAUCUUACCUAAUAUAGAAAUGCACAGUAUUCUUAUUCAUGGAUUUUGUCAGGCUGGCAAAUUGGAAGACACCAAGAAACUGUUUAAUGAGAUUCCAAAAAAGGGAUUAGAUCCUGAUGUAGUAACGUAUACCACCAUGAUAAAUGGCUUAUUUGACAACAGGAUGUUCUUGGAGGCUAACAAAUUGAUCACCGAAAUGGAAGAGAAAGGUUUUUUAAAGAAUUCUGUAGCCUUUAAUGUCAUCAUCAAGGGUUUUCUUGAAGGGAGGGAGAAUGAGGUGGCAUUACAAUUUCUUCGCAAGAUGCGUGAAAGAAAAUUUGUACCAAGUGAUUCUGUUGUUUCCUUGUUAACAAAAACUCUCUCAACUGAUGAACUGAAAAAUCUGGCACUGUCUUUGUGAGACCUUGUAGUUGUUGGUGUAACAGCGUCAGUUUAUUUUGACUAAUAUAUGAUUUCUU